CAUGUAUUUGUAGGAAAUGUCUACAGUUUCCUUCGAUACUCGGUUUGGAGAAGUCGGUUUUAAAACACAGUGCAGAGUUACAGAGUUUUCUGUAACCGUAACAUAUUUUUGGAAAUAGUUUUAAUUUGGAACUAACAAAACAUGGGAUUUUUUAAAAAUAUAUUAACACUUAUUAUUUGUGGUUUGAGUGUUUUGGGUUCGUUUGCAGCAGAAACAAAUUAUGGAGCCUGUCAGACACCAAACAGAACACCUGGUGAUUGCGUGGUAAUACAAUCUUGCACUGUUCUAUAUACCUUGGCUUUAAAACCUAAUUUGAAGAAUGAUGAAGUAAUAUUUUUAAAAAGCAGUCAAUGCGGGAACAUUGGCAAAAAUCCACUGGUGUGCUGCCCUAAGCCUACUAAUAUACCUCAAAAUCCACCUACUGUCAAAACAUCAGAUGAGACAUGUGAAACACCAAAUGGAAUAAAAGGGAAGUGCAUGUCUAUAAGUAAAUGCAACACUUUAUUACCGUUAGCCAGAAAUGACCGAUCGACAAGUGAAAACAACUUUUUAACAAGAAGCAUGUGCGGAAACAGCUCUACUCAGAUAUGCUGCCCUGAUCCACAAGAGAGUGACAGAGGAGAGCUGCCUUUACCUCCGAAUUGUGGGCACAUUCCGUUAACAAAACGUAUUUUUGGUGGAAACUUGACUGAUAUUGAUGAAUUUCCUUGGACUGCAUUGAUCAUAUACUCCAAAGGUAACGGAAACACGGGCCUUAAUUGUGGCGGUAGUCUCAUAAACGAACGUUAUGUUCUCACGGCAGCACAUUGUAUUAGCAAGCGGAUGCUUCCUUCAAGUUGGCAUGUGACUGGAGUGCGAUUGGGUGAAUGGAAUCAAGAGACAGAAAGAGAUUGUCAAACUGAUAGCCGAGGAAAUUCGUUAUGUGCAGACCCGCACAUAGAUAUAGAUGUUGUGGAGCAAAUAUGCUCUCCGCUAUACAAUAUAAGAACUCAAGAAAAUGAUAUAGCAUUACUACGCCUUCGAGAAAAAGUUAAUUUCAACGAUUUUGUUAAGCCGAUUUGCUUACCUGUCGAUAGAAAUUUACAGUUAGACAACUUUGAAAAUGCGACUAUGGACAUUGCUGGAUGGGGAGCUACUGAAACAAGUAAUAGUAGUAAAAUAAAACUGAAAGCCUUGGUAAAGGGGCAAAAUCUGAAAAUAUGCAAAUAUAAAUACCACACUUAUGCAAAUAUUGAAUUGGGAGACACUCAAAUGUGCGCUGGUGGCGAGAAAGGUGCGGACACUUGUCGUGGUGAUUCCGGUGGACCUCUUAUGUUUCCACAAAGGUAUAAUGCAUUGGAAUCAUACUUUCUGGUUGUUGUAGUUUCUUUUGGACCAAAACCUUGCGGUCAGGAAGGAUUUCCUGGUGUAUAUACUCGUGUGGGGUAUUUUUUAAAUUGGAUACAAAACACAAUUAGAAAAUAAAAAAGUUAUUGUUUAAAAGUAUAUAAAAAAUAUUAUUAUGUUUUUCUCUUCAGUAGAACUCAGAGGCUAAGA